CCACAACCCCGUAUGAUAAACACUACCACUAUCACCACCCACCACCAACUUGCCAUUAUAUCAACAUUUCAGCAAAAAGCUUUUCUCCGAAACCUCAAUAACAAAAAAACCUCUGCACAAUGAAUAGUACCUCAAAAAAACACAUCUAUUCCAGCAACAAAUAAUUGCCUGUUAUAUAUAUAUAUAUAUAUAUAUAUAUAGACACACACAUACACUCACUCACUCUCGAUCAAUCAAAACCCUAACAUAAUACACAUCAUGUUUCAUAGCUUUUCAAGAAUCCGGCGAAACAUGAGGAAAAGCCCACGAGUAGCUGAUGAAAGCAUGUUUAUUAACAAUGGAGCUGAGUUUCCAAUCUUUGUGCGUGAAAUGGAUAGAUCAAGGCACAGAUGGAGUGGGCUCUCUGCUAUUUUUAGUAUAGUUCUUGCGCCAUUAUCUCUUCUUUCUUGCUUUUCUCAACCUCAUGCAAAUGGUGCUGAUGGGCUGUGGGUGUCUGGUGAGUUAGCUCAGCUAUCAGAGAUGAAUCACCUUAUGGUAAAUGAUAGCAUGCGCUAUGCAAUCUUGAUGUAAAAAGAAAAAGAAAAACAAAAGUUAUUAUUAACUAUAAUAUAUAGUUUUUGGUUAGGGGAAAGCAAAUGGAAGUGGGAAAAUUUUUGCUCUUCAAAGGGUGCUUGGCAUGGAUGUUAACUUAUAUAGCCUUUUUUAAGGUUGCAAUCCAUGUUUUCUUUUUCUUUUUCUUUUUUAUGCACAUAUAUAUAUGUUGAUGAUGAGAUUAUUAUAUCAUGAAUACUCUUUCCAUGUAAGAGCUA